UCAUUCAAUCCAUCAUCAGCAAGCUGUCUUCAAAUCCUAACACUCUUCAACCACACGAGCUUUCGUGUAAAUAAUCUAUAAUCACCGCCAUUCGACCAACAAUGCAUUGAAACAUUUUAAUACCUAAACGGGUGUAAUUACGUCGAUAUUAAUUAUUGAUUAUUACUGGUUUAUCUUGGUUAUUUCUCUCCAUUAAUACAUUGCACUAAGGAAAUACAAGAGCUAGUUCGUAAAUACAGACAAACUAGAGAACCGUGUGAACUUGACUGUUAAUUAAUCUUGGACACUCAAGAAAGAUUAGAAGCAAAGAUCUGGAAUUGUUACAAGACGACACAGUAGGCCCGGAGGAAAAUCUAGUACAACUGUUUGAUGAUUUGAAUAUUAUUAUUCAGCGAGCCAGACGAUCGCUGUCGAUAUUGAAGCAAUGAUGUUUCUGUGUGCAAAGCUGUCAGUGUGACGAGGUUGUAACGACGUAAAUGUGGCAAACCAUCUCAACGUACCUCCGUUCAAUCACCCCUUAGGUACUUGAUGAAAAAUACAUAUUGAUGGAGAACAAGAAUUUUACUUGCGAUAAGCAGAAUGGAGGCAAUUUGGCGAGUGAAAAUUCUGAUUUUCUCGCUAUUUUGGGAGGUUUUAAGCGAGAGUGUUUACAAGUGAACGACUUCUUGGAAGAGGAGCGAGAAUUUCGCGACAAGGAAGAGACUCAGAGUGGAGAAAAGUGUAAGAUCUGCAGCUCACAUCCAUUCAUACUUGCCAAGGCUGGAUAUUGGAUUGAAUGUACCGAUAAAAACUGCCCUAAAAUGAAGAGUGUCUUGCAUUUAAGUGAUAAACUAGUUAACAGUUUUCGCGACCUCGGUUCUAGCGGGAAAAUAUGUACCAAAGUUCUCCCUGAAGAAAUUUACGAAAAUUAUUUUUAUGGCUCUAAACACUGGAAUUAUUCCUGCAGAGAUGAGAAAAUCGGUCCUGUUAUUUUAACGAUUAAGCAAGAAUUUCGCCAAUCAAAGGAUUUUCUGAGAAUCAUGGUUCGUUCAUCAUCUCAUGUAAUUCAUGGUAUGCUUCCAGUAAGCAGUAUUUCUACCAGUCCUUACAGCCAUGAAGAAGUUGUCCAAUUUCUGUCAAGCGUGAUUGGCCUGGAGGCUCAACUCAAGCCUAUCAAAAUAUCUGCUGCUCCUGCAGAAUUACUGAGAAUAGAUAAAGUAUUUCUCAAAGAUGAAUACAAAGUUGGCCUGCUUUAUGUGAAAGAAGGCCAAACAACAGAAGAACAAAUCUUCAAUAAUCAAGAGCACAGCCAAGCAUUUGAUGACUUCCUGGACUUACUUGGUGAACGAGUAAGAUUAAAGGGUUUUAGCGAGUACCGUGGUGGCCUGGACAUAAGUAAUGACCUAACAGGCACCCACUCUGUGCACGCAAAGAACGGUAACAAACAGGUUAUGUUCCAUGUGUCCACACUGCUACCAUUCGAGAAGAAAGACACCCAGAAAUUACAGAGAAAGAGACACAUUGGUAAUGAUAUAGCGUGUGUCGUGUUCUUAGAAGCUGCUCACACACAGUUCGACCCAGAAUGCAUCAAAUCAAACUUCUUACACACGUUCGUCGUGGUCCAAGUUGACGUGUCAACCAAUCCAAAUAAAUAUACGGUAUCAGUAGUGUCAAGAAAACAAGUUCCUUUUUAUGGUCCUUCCCUUGCAGAGAAAAGUACAUUUAAAAAAGGUCCAGAGCUGAAAAAAUGGUUAUUGAACAAAGUUAUCAACGGAGAAGUUGCUUGUCACAAAGCGCCCAAUUUCGCUAAAUUGCAUCAACGAACUCGGAAUCAACUGAUGGAAGACUUAUUGGAGUCGAUCGAGAAGAGUCCUGUAGACACAAGAGAAAAACGGGACCCGUUUCCGUUCAGGGAUCAUGGACGGCGAAGCCAGUCAAGUAGCAGGUUUUCUGUUUCUUGUCAAGAGAGCUUGCAAGAGACGUUUGAAUCAACAGAUCAGAUGGUCAAGGACUUCAGCUCACUCUUAGGAGAAAAAAGCCAAGUGGCUGAUGUUCGCUUCAUAGUUGGAAAAUCCGAGAAAAAGGCAUUUCUUGGAGUCAAAGCAAUAAUGGCAGCACGAAGCAGUGUCUUUCGUAAGCUCCUAGUUGAGGAUCAAGCUUCUGAUGACUGUCAGAAAAAGAUAAGCUCAAAUGGCACCACAUCACCAACCUCUCCUCGCAAUGUUGUCUCGUCAUGGAACAUCACCAGUUCUAAACUGCCUGGAAGCUCAAGAAGUAAAAAAUUCAAUUUAAACAAGCACCGCUCGUCAAGUACAGGUGAAGAUGAUGUUGUCCUUGCUGCAUUUUCUGAUCUGGAACCGCGGAACCAGAAAAACGGAAAACAAGAAAACAAUGCUCAACAGGAGUACAUCAUUGACGAGUUUGAGCCAGAUGUAUUUGAAGCAUUGUUAAGAUAUCUUCACACUGGAUCUUGCCAUAUUACAUCAAGGAUCCUUCCUGGACUGUUGUGUGCUGCUCAGUGCUAUGAAAUACCUGAAGUAAAGCAAGUCUGUGUAGACAGUAUCGAGGAAUGUCUUGAUGCAUCAAUGUUUUACACAAUGCUGCAGUCAAUAGAUCAGUACACAAGUUACCCUGAGGUGCAACAAAUGAUAAGAGACAAGAUUGCUGUGUUCUUAACAGAGGUAGAAAUCAAGGAAUUAGACAUUAGUGCAGUUAGUCUUUUAUCAGACAAGAGCUUUAACGUAGUACUCUCAAAACUAAACAAGGUGAAUGAAGUUUCCAAAUUUAAAGCGAUUGUGGAAUGGUCUAAAAUAUGGAGUAGUAAAAUGGACAAUAGUAUGGAUGAGAUGGCAAAGCAAUUAAUCUCACAGUUCGUCAAUUUAAGUAACAUGACACCUACAGAUCUUUUAGAGGUUGUGCAGCCAAGUGGCCUGGUACCCAAUGAGAAACUCAUGGUUGUCAUGGCAACUAAGGCAGAUCCCAGUCUGAGCUCAACGUGUUGAUAAUCACCUAACAGAAAAAUAUUCAGAGAUAUUCUUAUUAAGAUUUUUAUUAAAGAAAAAAAAUAGUUGUUUCAAUAAGCCUUGUUGGGCAUAUGGUAUCUAAUUUAGUGUUCUAGUCACAAGAAGAACUGAAGCAUUUAUUUCUACUUCUAUAAGUAGGGUGGUAUAGGAUUAUUUUUCAUAAUUUUGACUGUUUUUAUUUUCUCAAAACUUGAAAUGGCCAUUUCCUGAGGCAUGAUUUCACCAUUUGAAAGGUGAUUUAUAUGCCCCCAGGGAACCCCCCCCAGGCCUUUCAUCACCCUAGCCUGUAAAUAUUACGUCUUUCACAGCUUAUCUACAUGUCAGCUUAUUGAAAAAAAAGAACAAAUAAAAUUCUUAUAUCUUUAGAAUACAUAAUCUCAGAGAAAGUUAAUUUAUUCAUAUAUUUUUUACAUGUUUAUGAAAAAAAUCAAAUACGCCCGGUAUUGUCACAUCAAUUGUACUACAGGUAAAAAAUAUUAAUUUGUUUGAGGGAAGAGAUAACUUAUUAGGAUAUAUUAUAUUAAUAGUGAAAUUUAUUAUUCAAGAUAGUAGAUAGUAUUGUCAUUUUAUACAUACUACAGGUGAAUAAGAAUAAUCUCAAUGUUUUAAGAAAGAAAUAUCUUAUUAGGACAUAUCAUAGUGAAAUUAUUAUUAUUAUUAAUUCCAAGAUACGGUAUUGAUGGUAUUGAUAGCUAUAAAAUUUACUACCAUUAUCGUUGAAGUGGGACCCACAAAGUUCAAUGCGUUGUUUGCUGACUGGCAUUUUAAUGACUGUCAAUCAAAGAAUAGCCUGCCACCUGGCCUUUUCUUUUGAAGUCUGUGCUAUUUACGAAGAAAGUUCCAGAUGUGACGCACACAGGCUAUCAAAGAACUACAAUAGAAAAGCAAUAUUUUGAGGGAAAUUUUGGACUGAAUUAAAGAUUUUAGAGAAUUAGAUUAUUUCAGUUCUUUGAUUGAUGGUCGUUGAAACGCUAGUCGGCAAAUAAGACUUUGAACUUUGUGGGUUGCACUUUAACGAUAAUGGUAGUAAAGCCUGGUGUAUAUAUAUGUCAAAUUGUGCAUCUUUAUUAAGGCACUUAAUAUUAAAUGUUUGUUAUAACUUAA